AUGUACAAUUUCACUGGCAAAGGUGAUACAGACCCAAAGAUGGAUCAGAACUACAUAGGUCGUUUGAAGAUCAAAUGCAAGCCAGGAGAUGUGACCACCAUCGUCGAAAUGGACCCUGGAAGUUUUAAGAGUUUCGACACUGACUAUUACACCAUGGUUAGCAAAAGAAGAGGGUUGUUCGCAUCUGAUGCAGCCCUUCUUACUGAUAGUCAAACAAAAGCUUAUGUCUUGUCCCAGCUAAAUCCCUAUGCAUCCACUUUCUUCAAGGAUUUUGGAGAAUCAAUGAUAAAGAUGGGCAAAAUUGGCGUCCUUACUGGGAAAGCAGGCGAAAUCAGAAAACACUGCGCCUUUAGAAACUAA